CGCCUUCGUCGUCUUUGUCUGCUGGAGCUGAACUUUCCUUAUCCUUCAACUCCUUUGAGGGUCUAAGGGCUCAGCCUGAAUUCUGGGAUGCUACUUUGACCUUCAGCAGUAACAUCCAAGUCCUAUGUUAGUAUUUCGAAUUUUAAAGUCACCAGUUCAAACAAGAAGAGCAAUGGAUGAUUGAGGAAGAAAUGUAAAGGAGGUGUUCUCCAGAAAAGGCCUGGGAAAUUUAUAAGUAAAUAAAGACACAACAGGAAAGACUUGUGGGUUAAGUCUCAUCCUUCUCCAUGAAAGCACAGCUAAAGAAAAACUCAGAAAACCUAGGUAGCAGAAAAGUAUUUCUUCUGAGCACAGACAUUGAUUCUUUAAGACAACUCCUCUGUGUAUGGGACUCAGUUUAAACGAGUUUGGAACAUUUAAUUUACACUUAAAUAUGAGAGAAGCUGUCUAAGCAAGAACCAUUAAGAAUAUAAUGAGGAUGCUAUAUUUCAUCCCAAUUUGUAAUCAGCUAAUCACAGGAUAACCAAUGUGAAAAGUUUUUCAUCAUAUAUUCAACUUUGUUAGAUAGCUGAGAAUUACUAUUGGAGAGAAACCAUAUGAAUUUACUGAAUGUGGAAAAGCUUUCAUCCAUGUCACAUGUCAAGAGAUACUAAGGAAUUCUUGUUGGAGAAGGUAUCUGUGCAUGAUAAGAAUGUUGGAAAGCCUUCAGCCUGAAUCAGAUCUCCUUCAGCAUGAUCAAAUUCAUGCUGGAGAGAAACCUUAUGAAUGUAAUGACUGUGGAAAAACAUUUAACCUGAAGCAAAACCUCAUAGAGCAUAAGAAAAUGCAUACUGGAGAGAAAUCACAUGAAUGUAAUGAAUGUGGUAAAGAAUUCUCUCGAGUCUCAUCCCUUACUCUACAUUUGAGAAGUCAUACAGGAAAGAAACCAUAUAAAUGUAAUAAAUGUGGAAAAGCCUUCAGCCAGAAGGGAAACUUGCUUACUCAUCAAAAACAUCAUACUGGAGAGAAAACUUAUGAAUGUGGGAAAGCUUCUAUUCAGAUGCCAAGCCUUAUUAAACACCAGAGAAAUCAUAUUGGAAACAAACCCUAUGUAUGUAAGGAAUGUGGCAAAGCCUUCAAUGGAAAAUCAUAUCUCUCUGAGCAUGAGAAAAUUCAUACAGGAGAGAAACCAUUUGAAUGUAAUCAAUGUGGAAGAGCCUUCAGCCAGAAGCAAUACCUCGUUAAACAUCAGAAUAUCCAUAGUGGAAAGAAACCCUUUAAAUGUAAUGAGUGUGGAAAAGCCUUUAGCCAGAAGGAAAACCUCAUUAUCCAUCAAAGAAUUCAUACUGGCGAGAAACCUUAUGAAUGUAAAGGGUGUGGGAAAGCUUUCAUUCAGAAGUCAAGCCUCAUUAGACACCAGAGAAGUCAUACAGGAGAGAAACCUUAUAUAUGUAAGGAAUGUGGAAAAGCCUUCAGUGGGAAAUCAAACCUCACUGAGCAUGAGAAAAUUCAUAUUGGAGAGAAACCCUAUAAAUGUAAUGAAUGUGGAACAAUCUUUAGGCAGAAGCAGUACCUCAUUAAACAUCACAAUAUUCAUACAGGAGAGAAACCCUAUGAAUGUAAUAAAUGUGGAAAAGCCUUCUCUCGAAUCACAUCUCUCAUUGUACAUGUGAGAAUUCAUACAGGUGAUAAGCCUUAUGAAUGUAAAAUAUGCGGGAAAGCCUUCUGUCAAAGCUCAUCUCUUACUGUGCAUAUGAGAAGUCAUACAGGUGAGAAGCCCUAUGGUUGUAAUGAAUGUGGGAAAGCCUUCUCUCAGUUCUCAACUCUUGCUCUGCAUAUGAGAAUCCACACUGGAGAAAAACCUUAUCAGUGUAAUGAAUGUGGAAAAGCUUUUAGCCAGAAGUCACAUCAUAUUAGACACCAGAGAAUUCAUACUCAUUAAAACUCUAUGAAUGCCUUGAAUUUGGGAACACCUUCAAGAGAAUUCGUAUUAAACAGUAUAUCAGAAAAUUCAUUUUACAGUAAAGUCACAUGAAUGUGGAAAAUCCUUCAGCAACAGCUCAAAAUGUAAUAUACUGAGAAUUUAAUAACUAUCACAGUAUCAUGAAAACCUACACCCCAAGACCCCCACAACAAACAUUGUUCCUGCUGUACUUUUAGGAGCAUUCUCAUUAAAGUAAGGAUCCAGUCAUGGACACUAAUCAACAUGGUUCUGGAAGGCCUACUUGAUGCAUUCAGACAAAGAUAUGCGAGGUAUUAAGAUGUGAAAUUAAGAGACAAAAUUGUCUUUUUUUUUUUCCGGUAUGUGGGCCUCUCCUGUUGCAGAACACAGGCUCUGGACGCGCAGGCUCAACGGCCAUGGCUCACGGGCCUAGCCGCUCCGCGAUAUGUGGGAUCUCCCCAGACCGGGGCACGAACCCAUGUCCCCUGCCUCGGCAGGCGGACUCUCAACCACUGUGCCACCAGGGAAGCCCAAAAUUGUCAUUUUUUUGUUACAUGUUUUGCUACAUGUAUAGUCAUCAAAAUUAUUUGCUCUUGAUGCAGUAAUAGAAAACAAAGAUUGUGACAGAAUAUUAUAUCCAGAAACAUAUGCAUAUCUUUAUGGGGAAUUAGCAAUUGAUAGAGGUGGUAAUCACAAGUUGGUAGGAAAAUCUGGAUGAUUUAAAAAAUGGUCUCAGGGUAAUUGACUCUUCAUAUGGAAAAAUAUUAGAUCUUUGCUGUUGUUAUACAUUAAAGUAUUUAUUUAAAAAUCCAAAAGUGUUGUGAAGAUUAGAAUGCAAAGAGCAAAACUUAGUAAUAUAAGAAUUUUAUAGGAGAAUUUUUUCAAACCUCAGGGUAGGAAAGAAUUUCGAAAACAGAUUCCAGAAUACCCACUCUUGAGUAUACACACAUAUAGUGAAGAAACUGAUACAUGUACCCAGGGAGUCCUGUACCUUUAUGUUCAUUGCAGCAUGAGUUAUAUUAGCAAAAUAUUGGAAACAAAUGUCUGUCACUUUUGAAAUGGAUGAAUAAAAUGUGAUACAGUCACACUGUAUAAUAUUCUCUAGUAGUUAAGUUUAACAAAUUAAAUCUAUAUGUAUUAAUAGAGAAAGAUAUGAAAAUCAUGUAGAGUGAAAACAAAUGAAGUGAAUAUAUUAUAAUUAUACCUG